AUGAACAUCGAUGUGGUGUUCGAGAUACUCUUGCAUCUUCCUAUACUAUCCCUCUUGAGAUUCAGAGCUGUCUGCAAAUUAUGGUGUAACGUCAUUGAUUCUCCACACUUUAUAACACUGCACACGUUAUUGCGACGUAACAACAACAGAGAUGAGGAGGUAUAUCUACGGUUUACUUUUGGUAUCGAUCAUCGAAUUAAUAGGAAGAAAGUAUCAAUAAAUCUGCUAGACAACUGGAAGACGUCGUUGAAGUCACACGACUUUCCUCUGCCUAUGGACAUAAGGGUAGUAUCCGAGGCGGUCAAGGGUCUAGUCUGCCUAAGUUCUCCUAAUAUGUCAGAAAUUGCAAUAUGCAAAGGUCAAUUCAAGAUUCUACCACUUAAUCCUUACAAUACUUUUGACUACCAUAAUAGAGACUUCUUAUGUUGUGAUCACUAUGUUGGACUGGGUUUCGACGAACAUUACAAAGUGGUGCAGUUGAUCCGGUGCAUGGAGUUCAGCAGUUUCUAUGCCAAUCUCUGUUCGGCAAGGACGAAUUCUUGGAGUAAAUUGGAUGUUGAUCGAGAUUUGUUCAUUGAGAAACCCAUAAAAUCGUUGUCCAAGAAUGUGUCCUUUUGCACACUGGCGCACAAGGAAAUGGAGUGA